CGCUCCGCAUCGACUGUGGUGGUAUUGUAUUGGCCCACAGAGAGCCCAUUCAUUCCAUUUGGCACCUGCAAUUCCGAACCGGCGAUAAGCUGCAAAACCGAUACCAGCAGAAUCAGACAACUUCUUGCCGACGAACAAGGCCUCAUCAGGACAGAACAUUGCAGCAUCUAUCCAAUUUCUGUCCUAUUGAGUCGCCUACACCGAGGCUUUCCGACUGGCCUGCCCACCGGUCCCGAGUCCUAUCUAGCCUGAUAGGGCAGAGAAGUCUAGAACCAGACAUCACGCGCUAUCUUGUGACGCAACAGCGAUCCAGAUAGGCCACACCACACGUUAGAGGAACCUGGUGAAUAGGCCAUCCUAUUGAUAUCCUGCGGCAAACAAAAUCCACCAAAAAAUAUCGAUUGCGACCGAAAUUUUGCAAGAGUUGCUCCCUCCCGUGACUAGAGCGGCCUUGCCCGCCGCGAGAAGUCGCUGGCGGGAUUUUUUUGCAGCCAGACGACCGCCGCGAAAAGUGGUUUACAAUGAGAUGGCAACCUUCAACUCGAUGGCUCCGCCGGCCAGCGGUGAAUCGCUCAGGUUGAAUAUGAGCACCUCGGGUCCUGAAUCGCUGGGGAUGGAGGUGUUUGAUUCGGGCAUCACAUUCGACGAGUCUUUGCUAAACAAUGUUCACGGAAUGUCUAGCCUCCCGUUCACGCAGCAAUACGAUUUCGAUUCCUUCUCCGGUACAUUUGAAGACCCUUUCGCAUACCCUUCCAGACCCAAUUUCCCCACGGCGUCGGAAGUAAUAUUAGGCAUGAACCAGUCGGGCGGGGACCCGAUGCAAAGGCGCGGAACCGAGACCGAUGUAGAGGCUGGUUUUGCCGAUCUAGAAGGCUCACCACAAGAGGAGGAACUCGACAACAAACUGCUGAGCUUCUCAGCACCCGUUUCUAAGGCGACGCUGGUGGACGACUCGGGCAAGCUCGUGGAGCCGGGCAUGUCGGCCGAGCUCUACGGCAUGUUCUUCGUGGCCGAAGACGUCUUUGGCGGGGAGCAGAACCCGGGCCGGCCGGCCGAGCUGACGUGCUACCGUCGCAACUUGUGGCAAUGCUCCGGCCAGGUGACGCUCCCCCGCACGGCGCACGGCCUGCACGUCGUCACGGACCAGGGGCUGAGGGCAAAGGUGCUCGAGCUCGCCGUUGGCAUCACGGCGGCCGAGUCCAUUGAGGGCAAGCCCACCGAGAUCAUCUCGAUACCGUGGAAGAGCGCAAACUCAGGGGUGUCAGGCGGCGAUGAUCACCAAAAGGGCGCCUCGGCCCCGCCGAACAUAUCGCUCGACCCGCUCGGCAGCGGUCAGGAGCUCGAUGGGAAUCGCAUUUCUAUCCCGGUGUCCUGGAAACGGCUACAGUUCAAACAUGCGACGGCCAACAACGGCAGGCGGAAGGGUCUACAACAGCACUACCUCGUCCACAUUUCCUUGUUGGGCAAGCUCGGCCCUGCUCAGCAUCAGCACAAUGGCGGCGGGGACCAGGGUCUCGGCGCCAUACCUGCGUCGUCACUGAUUGCGUCCGGUGAUGGGUUCGUCAAGAUUACCGAGAUCCGGUCCGGACCCGUAAUUGUACGCGGUCGCAGUCCCCGUAACUUUGACAGCAGGAAAGAUGUGGCGCUUAGCGGUGAGAAGAAGGCUGGCUCGAGGAGCAUGUCGAACGAUUUGGGGGCCGAGGUCGCUACGCCGGUGAGCACGACUAUGAAGGUUGAGCAGGGCACGCCGGAACUAUCUCAGACUUUGCUCAGGAUGAACUCGGCCGGUAGCAUACAGCAGCCGAGCGACUGGGCGUAUGCAGGCAAAGGCUCCUCCUCCAACCACCAUAACAAACAACACCCGGCAAAGAAGCUGGCUCUCUCCCCGGUACCGGGGCGGCCACCAGUGCCAUCUUGGGGCUCAAGCGAGUCCAUGAGGCAACAACCUCCUACGCCGACCAGGGGGACCAUGGCGUCAUCAUCAUCCAUGCGUCGUCCCUCGGCCGCAUCCACCAUGCCCAUCAACCUGUCCUUGUCGGAAGACGAGAGGAGCCCGCCCAACAGGUCAAACUCCGAGGUGCUCUCCAGCCCGCAAUUUGGCAAGUCGAGACCCGCAACCAGGGCAGACUCGGGAGGGAGCCCGCUGGAGGACGAGGAUAUGCUCUAUGAGUAUUUCCCAUUGAGCGUUGAUGAUUGGGCGCCACCGGUCGAUGCGAUUUACCGACCUCAUGUUGUACACCAUACGAGUGCGCCGGCCGAGGUCAAGGCUCAACAAGGCCGCAUGCGGGCGAAGCGAUAUUUUGCGGCUGAUUAAUUAAGGCGAAAAAGAAAUAUCAUUCAUCGCGUUUCUGUUGGUUGUUUUUUUGACACUAGUUUUUACCCGGUGUGUUUUAGUGCAUUCCUCCUGUCGCUUAGUUAAACGGCUUAUGAUACCACUAUUUUCUUUGCUUCUGGCCUUGAUCACAAGGUCACCUGGGUUUUCUACUUUUGCAGCUACGUGUCAGAUUUCAGGGUUGAAGGAUGCUGAAGAACAUGUCUGAGAGCAGCCAUACGAUUUGUCUCGUCAAGCAAGACAAGGUGUGCAAAAUGAAUCCAUUUAAUAAAUAAAUAAUAAUACGCUCAUGUUAAAAUAAAAUAAAAAAGUACUUGCUCGGUUCGUAAUUGGG